CUCGCACACCAGUGUACGAUAGCGAGUUCACCGCAUUCAUUCUCGUCGGCAGAUGGCAGAUGCAGCAGACGCGACGCUUUACGUUUUCCGUCAGUCGCGCAUAGACAACGGUGAAGGCAGUGCGAGUCCGAUACGCUCAGCACCAUUUUGUGUUUUCGUUUCGAACGGGACAUUGUGUAUAUGUGCUCCGUGAUCAAUCACAAACAAGUAAACUAAGUGUCCGAUCUUCAUCGAGUGUUCACUUUCGACAUGUCUGUGGAGGAAUCGAUGCGAUAUCUCUGGCGCUCAUAGAAACCGCGCCUCCGUCAUGAACGAGUGAUCGUCGACGUAAAAAAAGUUGACACAGGAAACAUGUCUGGGCGGAUCGCCGACGCGGAUGCGAGCGAAGGGUUCGAAUUCGAAAUUCGAAAGCGGUCAUGUCAUCGCCUCUCGGAUUUCUUAUAAGUCACCGUCCAAUGUCAAAAUCGUGCACGUACCGAGAGCGCCGGGCGUCGGGACAGGGACAGGCACAGAGACAGCGCUCGUGCGCACAAUGCAGUCGUUGGUAGUGUGGUGGGCCGUGGUGUCGGCGGCGUGGGCGCUGGCGGGCGCGUGCUCCUCGUCCAUCUCCAAGCGGCCGGCGCGGCCCGCGCGCCCGCAGCGCCCGCCGCCGCAGCCGCAGCCCCAGCCGCGCGUCAACGUCACCUUCCCCAUCUUCAAAUGCGAGCCCGACUACUCGGAGUACUACUGCCUGAACGGGGGCUCAUGCUUCACCGUCGUCAUCUCCGACAGCCCUAUCUACAACUGCGAGUGCCGGAGCGGCUUCGUGGGCCAGCGCUGCGAGUUCAAAGACUUGGACGACUCGUACGUGCUGACGAGUCGGCAGAUGCUGAUGGAGACGGCGUCGAUCGCCGGCGGGGUGACCGUGGCGGUGUUCCUCGCGAUUCUAGUCUGCUUCGGCGCGUGGGUACGGCUGCACCGGCGCGCGAAGGCGCCGCCCUUUGGCGAGGAGCGCGGGCCGCCGCCUGUGCAGCUGGUAGCGGUGGCGGCACCGCGAGGUCGUGUGCAGCUUUGUGCGGCACACUAGUGCCGGCCUGCGCCUCGCCUCCGCCUCGGACACUCGUGUACAUAUAGAUAGUGUAUGUGUUAAGUUAUGUGGAGAGAACGAAGAUAAGAAAAAUUUAUGUGAUAAUUAUUUUACGAAGCUUAUAAUUUAUUUGGAAGGAAUUUCUUGUGUAUAUAGAGAUCCAAGCCGUCGGGUUGCGUUGUGUGGAUGUAAAUUUCAGUCUCUCCCCAUGUGAAUGUACUCUGUACCUUGUUUAUGUUCAGUGUAUUGGAUGUGUCCUUCAUCUGUGAAAAUGUACCUAAUGCUACUCGCUUCAAGUAGAAAUGUUUUGUUGUGUUGUCGUUGCUCCCUUAUUGUGCAAUAUGGGAGGUAAAGCUUCUCGGAGGGAAUAAUAUAUAUUGGUUUGUUGUAACACCUGUGUAAUUGUUAGGUUCAUGUUGAAAAUAAGACUAUGUAAAUUGUUCUCUCCGGGAAAGUGUUGUUCCGUGGGUGCGGAGUGUUCCAUUGCAGACCUGCAUGUUACUGUUUUGAUGUAGCAAAUGUUUUAAGGGGAAGUCUUGAAGCAAAGCUUUGCAUUGUCAUUACUCUCUA